AUGCGACGAAUACCGCGACUAAGACGGCCAGCGGGCCUAUCUGCCACCACCUCGCUCUCUUCGAUUUCUCCCCUAGCCAGUUCAUGUUCACAUACAUCCACCCGAAACAUAUCCAUCUCUCAUCGCAAACCCGCGCCCACAAAUCUUCAAUGCUCCACAUUUGCGCGCUUCUACUCAUCUGAGAAACAACCUAGUACAGGAAAUCUUAACCGCGAGGUUGAUGGAGCUCAAGGAAAAGAGGUCAAUGAAGCCCAGGAAAAAGAGCCCGUUCAGUUAGCUGCCGAACAGCCUAAUACGGAGACUUCCAAUCCCAAGGUUGACGAAGCUCCAACGAAGGAAGUCGACGAAGCCCAAUUGAAGGGAGUCGAUGGAUCUCAAGGAAAAGAGCUCGCCACGGUAACCGCCAUAAAGCCUUCCGGAAUUGAGGGGGACUCUGCCUAUACUGAAGAACAGACCCGGCCGGUAGAGCAAUGGGAUGCAUACGUUCCCCCACCUCGGCGCAGUCACGCUGAGAGAUAUGAUGAAGUAUCGGACACGAGAUAUUACCCCGCAUUGACAGCAGAUGGAUUAGAAGCAGUCGGUAGACUAGACAAUUGGUGGGAGCUACCCGAACAUUGGUCAAAUGAUUUCGCCGGCUUCAAGCCUCAAGAGAAGGUGCUAGACUCAGCUCUAAUAGAGACAUCAGUGCGCCGAGCCGUUAUAGAGGCAUAUGCACUGAAGCUAUCGGGGCAAGACGAUAAAUUGGUGGGUGCCUGGCCCAUUGGGGGGGCAAGGGACCAAUAUCGUGUUUUAGAGGCAAAUAUCAAUGUCGCAGAGACCGGCGCAGUGUCUCUGACUGGAGAUAUCUCUGCUAUAGCAGAGUCCCUGAACCACACAGACGAGGCCAACAUAGUCGGAGAGCAAACGACCGAGGACCAUGCUGAGACGUUAACAUCAAAGUCCUCUUCGAACAAAUCAAUGCCUUCAAUCGAGGAAGCGCGGAAGUUCAGGGGGGCAUGGGGUCAUGGCUGGAAAGCAGUGUCUUUGUCAGACCCCCGGAUCAAGUUCGCUGUCAGGAAGCGUUUGUUCCAACUCACAGGCCAACUAAUUCCCGACCAUCAGCUGUCCGACAUCACCAAUGUUCGAUCGUUGCUCCAGCUAGUGCAGAAGCCACCCAAGCCUAAGACUUUGACUCAGGAGAUCCAGCAGCGCCUGCAAAAUCUAGUCAAGCUACCGAACGUCUCGGUGGCAACGAAACGUGUCACUCGCGGCGACAAGGAGAUGGCGCUUGGAAGAUUUAAGCUGAUUGAAGACGAAUUGAGGAAGAGAGAGCUGCCUCUCAAGGGCCACGGCUUCGUAAGGAAGAAUACGGAGUUGUCGCGCCUUAAGGGUGGAACGUAG